AUAACGGCUGUGGACCCAGACAGCGGCGAGAACGGCCGUUUAACUUACGAGUUCUGUGAACCCAAUCAGGUAGCCGGCACGAACGUUGGAGUGACAGACAUUCCCGUUUCCGAUAUCUUCCGAAUCAGUCCAGAGAAGGGUGACUUGAGCCUCCUCUUCUCGCCUGACAGGGAAAAGACCGCCGAAUACCGCUUCACCAUAUGUGUCCAUGACCAUGGGGAACCGUCAGAAACCGUUAUGACUAACGUUCUUGUGACCAUCCGUGAUGUCAACGACUGCCAACCCCAGUUUGAACACUCGAGCUACGAGUACUUUGUACAAGUCGAUCGCAGUGGAAAGGUUGCCUUCGUCAAUGAUCAGCCGGCUGUCAUGAGCAGGGACCAUGCGCCGUCUGCCAAGCUGAUUCUGCUGGGUCAUCUGGCAAUUACGGAUGCUGAUGCCUCCCCGAAUGCCGGACCGUUUGUCUGCAAACUGUCGAGCUCAAACUCGGCUUGGUCUAGUCACCCAAGUACAGCUCAAGCUGACGGAAUCCCCGACCCUUCGCAGAAAUUCGUUCUAACCUUUCAGUCGUCCUCUAACUCCUCCAUCUCACCUGAGCCCGUCAUUUUUCACAAUUUUCUGCCGCACCAGACUGGCUUCUGCCUUUUAUUCGCGCCCUCUACCCUACCUUUGGGAAGCCAAAGUCUGGUGGUUCGUGCCCAUGAUAGCGGCCUCACUGCGCUUCGCACUUCAGUUCCUGUCACGGUACACGUUGUACGCCAGUCUGAUUUGCCUCCGGCUAUCGUCAGUAGCAACACAACGCUCACCUUCUACCGCGGACCACUCACAUACUGGGCCCGCAGGUCCCAGAUGGGCAAACCCUCCGCGCCCCUGACGAGGAUUACAGUAAAGGACCGCACUGCCUACGAUCGCCUCCUCUUCGAACUCCUGCCUAAUGAUUCACCCGCUGCGGCUAACUUCUUCCAUAUUGAUGCUUACGAUGGCACUGUUCGUAUUCGUGCUGCCUCCGCCAACUCAGUGAACCAAUCGAAGGCCAGUCAGAGAGGACUCAAGAAUCCUGAACUGGCUCUGUUGGAACCCCAGCUGGUGUUUUUCUCACCCUUGGUGAAACUGGAGUCCGGCACUUACCCCCUCCGAGUCCGCGUAACCAACAACUCUCUUAGCGCCGAAGGAACGAUUACAAUAAAGGUUUGUUCUUUUUGCAUGCAUUCUUGCUUUGGUUCCUCGACGGGGAGCGAGUCUGGGUUCAAUAUACCUGGCGAAAGCCUUCUUUAUAGCUAA